CGUCAGUUCUGUCGCAGGAGCCGCGCCUUCCUCUGCGGCCCACGAUUUUCGCCGCCGUCUGUUCACAGAUGAGGUUCUCGGAUCUACGCUCUCAUCCUGUGCCGCAGAGGGCGUGGCGCCAGAAGAGGGAGCAUCACUCGGUGACCUUACCGGCAUGUCACUGCUCGAAGGCGAGAUGUCAUCGUGGUUAACCACCGCUCUUGACACACUCCUUUCCACACGUCCGCGCUCCCGUUGGAAAGUUUUUCUCUCCGUGUCGCACAUUCUUACCGCCGCGGUGCCCCCCGAGUUUCCAACGACUCUGUCCUUUGUCACCUCGCUGUUUCUGUUCGCGCUGCACAAGCUGCGCAUCUUCUGCACCGAGCCACAUCGUUUCCAGUACGCCGGACGCGUAACAACUUGCUGCUUCGACAAGACCGGCACUUUGACAAGUAGCAAGUACACUGUCGAUUCGGUGGUAACUGAAGUUCCUGUAAAGGACGAGGAGGUGAAUGGACCUGGGGUGUCAGCAAAGGACUCGAAGCAAAUGAAAGGUACCCCCUCCAUGGGAAGUGAGCUGCACGCAGAUUUUGUCUUGGGCGCCUGUCACUCCUUGUUGCUGAAACGAGGAAAAAAGCAACAGUCAAAAUCAAGCACUCAAGGCCUUGCGAAGAAGUUGCUGCAGCAGUCGCGGCAGAUCCCAGGACUCAUUGGGCGCAUGUUGCAACCAGGAGAAGACAGCGAGCCAGUGGACGAAUGCGCAAGCGAGAUCAUAGGAGACCCCGCAGAGCAGGCGGCUUUUGAGUACGCGGGCUGGAAGUUCGAUGAGGGAGCACCUGCAGGCGCAGGCGCAUCCUCAACAUCCGGUUGGCUUCCAACAGUUGUGCAAGAGCAAGCCGAGGAUAGCGCUGCUGGUCCAAGCACGAAUCGGUUGAAAAUUCUUGAGCGGUUUCCGUUUCAAUCGGAAUUACAGCGCAUGUCCGUUGUCGCCGCAAAAAUGCCAGUCACCACAAGCAAAUCUCGCGCAGGAGCUGGACAAUCCCCCCCUUUUGUCUACGCGUUUGUCAAAGGCUCGCCAGAAAUGCUGCGGUCUCGCAUCUGCUUCAAAAACUCAUCCGAAGCAAGUGCGUACGAGCGCGAAGCGACGAGACUGACGCACCACGGGUUGCGAGUGUUGGCCCUCGCGUGGAAGGAUAUGAGUGCCGAAGUAAAGAAGAAUCCAAAAGUUGCAAAUUUGUUAGUUGAGAAAAAUAAACCAAAUGGCUCGAAUGUUGACAGUCUUUUUGAGCGCGCGGAUGUCGAAGAUUCGAACCUGCAGUUUGCCGGCUUCCUGGCCCUGCGGUCGAACCUGAAGCCUCACACGAAGAAGACCAUUCGAGAGUUGCAGAACUGCGACCACAAGUGUGUCAUGAUCACUGGAGACGCGCUGGCCACUGCCUGCCAUGUGGCGCAAGAAUGCGGGAUGGUGCCGCAGGAUGCGGAUUUCGUGACGCCCAUCUAUCCUUCAAAUAGUGCGGAUCACGUUGAUCAAACCACGACCGUGGACGGAAAUAAACAAGCAAACGCUGUUGAGAGCAAAAGCCUCAAAGUUCGCUGGCGACGACUCGAAGGCGGCUCGGCCGCGGGGAAAAUUGAUUCUUCUUCUGCUGAUGGUGAAUCUCUGGACGAGAAACGAGUGCUGAAGAACCUAAAGGCCGGAUCGAUGGCACUUUGCGUUUCGUUCGCGGACUUGGGCCGGUUUCGAACGUUACAUGCGAGCAGUACUGGUACCUUCAACUUCUCUAGCUGGAGGAGGAAAGUCUUUCCGCAUGUCUCCGUUUUCGCCCGCGCAACGCCAGACUGCAAAAAAGCCUUGCUGGAUGAUUUUUCCGCAUCUGGCGAGAUCACCCUGAUGAUCGGCGUAUCAAAUGCAAAAGUGUCUGGGUCUGGAAACAUGUAAACUUCUUAUGCGUAUUUGAGACCAGAAAAAAAUCUGUCAUGCAUGGACCGCAUAAGUUGCUCACUUCUUGCCACCAAAAGAGGGAACUUGUCAUGCGGAUUAGGCAUCGCCUAACCUGCUCAAAACCUGUGCUGCUAGAACUUGCAUGCUAGACCUUCUGUGUCAUGCACAAACAGCAUCACACUUUUCCAGACCCAGACACUUUGCAUUUGAUACGGCGACGGUUUGAAUGAUGUCGGCGCGUUGAAGCGCGCACACGUGGGAAUUUCGCUGCUAUCCACUUCAACGGAAAAGGGUGAAUUUUUCCCGAGGUCCCGUUCGAAAAAGGUACCAGCGGGCUCCAAGAAAGGGAAAAGUCAACCACCCGCCUCGUCCCCUUCCGCUUCCGAGGCGGACGACGCUGGUGAUAUGAAUCCGCUGGGUAUUGCUGCGGAGGACUUCUUGCCUAUCGACGAACAAGAUUUGAUGGCAGGUGGCGGUGCAGGCUCGAGCUCAUCAAACAAACCCGGCGGCUCUGCCACUGCCCAGCUCGGCGAGGCGUCAAUCGCAAGCCCUUUCACCUACCGUGGAGAAACGAUCCAGUGCGUCACGAAGUUGCUGCAGGCCGGCCGCGGUGCCUGUUGCGUGACUCUGCAAAUGUACCAGAUUAUGGGUGUCAACAGUGUCGUUCUGGCCUGUGGAUUGAGCCUCGUCACGCUGGACGGGACGCGAACCAGUGAAGCACAGGCACUGCUCGAGAGUUUAUUCAUUUCCUCCUUGUUCUUCCUGAUCAGCCGGAGCAGCGUUGGGCCGCUCACGCGUCAGCGACCGGUCGCAAAUUUAUCCCAUCCGGCGUCCUGGGCGAGCAUGGGACUGCAGACUGUGUGCCACUUGAGCUGCAUCUUCUGGGCACUGGCGGAAGUAGAUGCGUAUAAUAGCGCAAAUUCUACUCUCCGAAAAGCUGCAGCUGUUGAGAACGCAGAGAUAGUACCUGAACAAGUUUCUUCACCAAGUUCGCAGCUUUUUAACUUUCCGAAGCUCCGGACUGCGUACGGUAUACCAGUAAAUGCAGAAUUCGUGCCGACGUUGCGCGGCACCGUGCUGUUCUUCUGCAUCCAGGUGAAUCAGUUGGCAAACUUCUUGGCGAAUUACAGUGGCCGCCCCUUUCUCGUGGCAUUUACGGAGAACAAACCCUUGCGCAACACGUGGGUUUUGUACCUCUUCGUGCUGUUGCUCUUGAUUUUCGAGGUUCUCCCUGGAGUAGAUUGGCUGCUCGGACUUUACCCGAUCCCAGACGAGGAUUUGCGCCACCGGGUAGCGGGGAUUCUUGCUGUGGACCUAGCUGGGUCCGUGGGUGGUGCGUGGACGAUAAAAGCAAUGCUUUGUAAGAGGUUCCGAUGAACAUCAUCCGCUCUGUAAGAGGUUCCGAUGAACAUCAUGAACACCGCUCCAAGAUUAAUUUGCUCUUGUGUCGGAAACAAAUGAAAGAUUUAGAAAGACGAAAGACGACAAAGCCACAACACAGAUAAGUCUCGUCGACUCUUCAAGCUCCAUCCGCAGCUUCUCCCUGUCUCGAUGGUGUUUGACGCUGGAAAAUUGGUGCGCGUUUUGUGUCUCUUCAUAAAGUAUUCUUUG